UCUUACGAUUCCAUUUCCGCUGAACGAUGCACCAGGCUUCGACCACCAGUCGACCAGCAACCAAAGCUCGCUGCAGAAGGUGUGGCCAGUCAAGAUGGCGGCCGAAAUGGCGGGAGAUUUGAUUCUGGGCGGACUGAUGAUGGUUCACGAGCGAGAGGAAACCAUCACGUGUGGUCCGAUCAUGCCCGAGGGCGGGGUGCAGGCACUAGAGGUGAUGCUGUACACGCUGGAUGUGAUCAACGCGCGCCCGGAGUCCAUGUUCCAGCUGGGUGCACAUGUGCUGGACGACUGUGACAAAGACACCUAUGGACUCGAGAUGGCCGUCGAUUUCAUCAAAGGUUCGAUAAGCAACAUUGAUGACUCGGAGCUGCACUGCAACAAGACUCAAGUGAGGAAGGUGAUCUCUGGGGUGGUGGGGGCUGCAUCCAGUGUCACCUCCAUCCAAGUGGCCAAUCUACUCCGACUGUUCAAGAUUCCUCAGGUGUCAUUCAUGUCCACCAGUCCUGAGCUGAGCAAUAAGCAGCGAUUUGAGUACUUUACUAGAACGAUACCUUCCGAUCAUUACCAGGUCAAAGCCAUGGUGGAAAUCAUCCGCAAGCUCAGAUGGAAUUAUGUUUCUGUUAUCUACGAGGAGUGCAAUCGUGUACGGCAGCGACCAAGAAGUGGCCGGUCUGAUGCGAGCCGUGCGGCGCCUCAACGCGACCGGUGCCUUCUCGUGGAUCGGAUCGGACGGAUGGUCGGGUCGGUCACUUGUCACCCAGGGCAACGAGUUGCAGGUAGAGGGAACUCUUUCGCUGCAGCCUCAGGCUAACCCUGUGCUGGGUUUCGAUACCUACUUCCUCAACCUCACCGUUGAGAACAAUAAACGAAAUCCGUGGUUUGUGGAGUUCUGGGAAGGCCACUUCCAAUGUCGUUACCCAAACAGCUCUUGGACUCCCUACAACGGAAAAUACACGAAAAUGUGCACCACCCAUGAACGUCUCACCCGCAAAAACACGGUGUUCGAAAACCAGCUGCAGUUUGUGAGCGAUGCAGUCAUGGCGCUGGCGGUGGCGUUGCAGGAUAUGCACAGAGACUUGUGCCAUGGGCGGCCUGGUUUGUGUGAUGCCAUGAAACCCACGCGCGGAUCCGACCUGCUCAGUCAUUUGCGCAAGGUCACUUUCACUGGUCUGUCGGGAGACAAGUUCCACUUCGACGAGAACGGAGAUGGGCCGGCGCGAUACAACAUCAUUCACUUCAAGCAGAUUUCUCCAGGGAAUUUCCAGUGGGUGAACGUCGGCCAGUACAUCAAUGGCGAACUGCACUUGGAUAUGCCGGCGAUUCAAUUUAAACUGGGCGAACCAAUGCUACCUGAAUCGGUAUGCAGCCUGCCUUGUGAGGUGGGGCAGGCCAAGACCUAUGUGGAGGGAGAAAGCUGUUGCUGGCAUUGCUUGAAUUGCUCACAAUAUCAGAUCCGUGACCCUGAGGACGAAACGCUGUGUCGGGUGUGUCCAUACGGCACCGUGCCUGACACCUCACACCAGACCUGUCUCGAUCUGCCUGAAGACUUCCUCCGGGCGGAGAGCGGGUGGGCUAUCGGCGCCAUGUCUUUGUCAGCUUCAGGCGUGCUGGUCACCCUGUUCGUGAUUGGCGUUUUCCUGCGGCAUAACGACACGCCGGUCGUGAAGGCGUCGGGACGCGAACUCAGCUAUGUCUUGCUGACUGGAAUUCUGCUCUGCUAUCUCAUCACGUUCGUGUUCGUGCUCAAGCCUAGCGAUAUCGUGUGUGGGGUACAGAGGUUCGGAGCAGGCUUCUGUUUCACAGUGGUCUAUGCAGCCCUUCUCACCAAAACCAACCGGAUAUCGCGAAUUUUCAACGCGGGGAAAAGGACUGCGAAGAGGCCCAAUUUCAUCACUCCCAAGUCACAGCUCAUCAUUUGUUCAGUAAUGGUGUCUGUUCAGUUGAUCAUCAACGCCGUAUGGAUGCUACUGUCGCCUCCCAAGGCCAUUCACCACUACCCCACACGUGACGACAACAUGCUCAUAUGCUCAUCAUAUGUGGAUGCGUCAUAUAUGAUUGCAUUCGGGUAUCCCAUUGUGCUAAUCAUAGUGUGCACUGUCUAUGCCGUUCUCACCAGGAAUAUACCAGAGGCUUUCAAUGAGUCUAAGCAUAUAGGGUUCACAAUGUACACAACGUGCGUAAUUUGGCUGGCAUUUGUGCCACUUUACUUCGGCACAGGAGGUCACAUGCCACUCAGAAUAACCAGCAUGGCUGUCACCAUCAGCCUAUCAGCCAGUGUCACCAUCGCUUGUCUCUUCUCACCAAAGUUGUAUAUAAUCCUGAUCAGACCGGAGCAGAAUAUCCGGCAGAGUAUGAUGCCAAACUCGAGACAUGGGGGAACCAUGAGGACCACCACAGCUGUGGCGAGUGUAAGGGUAGGGGCUGCCCCCUUUGCCGGCCGACCCCAGAGUCUCACCACCAAAUGUUCAAGCGUGGAAAAUACAACCGACACCAAAGACCAUAUCAACGAUCUGAAAGACAAAUCAGUCUUCAGUCGUUCAACACAAACACUAAACACAGAAAGUCACGAGAACACGACACAAACUGCCGACGUUCAAAUACAGCUGGCAACACAAUUACAGGAGAAACUAGAAGCGGAAAAACAUACAAAAGAGGCUGCCAAAAAUAUGGAUUCUACUGUAUCCCUACCGGCAUUGAAUUCUAGUAAUGUUACCGAAAACAAUAUUUUGAACUCUAAAACCUACAAAAGCACAGGCGAUGCUUUGAUGAAGGACAAUGAUACCACAAAAGUACGUUCCUCCUCUUCGUCUUCCUCGCAUAAGAGUAGGAGUAGGAGAAAGAGAGGGAGAAGUAAAGAUCAGGAGGAGAAAGUGAAACCGGAAGUGAGACCGGAAGUGAAACCGGAAGUGAAUGUUGUGACUAGUAACGGACCAUCCAAAUUAUAGCAGAAGGAGUCAGUUGAUGGCUCCAGGGAGAGUUUGGGGGGGCAGAAUUUUGAGGGUAGUCAAAAUUUUGAAAAGGGUAGUGGGGAGUUGGUGGGAGAGGGUGGGGGAAGUGGAACCAGUAAUGCUGGAAAGCACAGGAAACGAUUUGUGGCGUGCAGUGAACAUAAACCGGUUUUAGUGUGAAAAACGUGAAUAAAAAAUGUUCUAGAAGAUAUUUCAUGAAUAAUGUGAUGUUCCAUUGUAACUUGAACCUCCUGGAAGUGUUUGUUCGAAAAUUGUCAGUUUGAUAGUGAAACUGUAUAAUGUAUAUAACCAUAGAGAAAAUAUAGCAUAGGAAGAUAUUCCAUGAUGUUAAUCAAGUUGAGAUGAUACCGUAUCAUAUUGUGUUGAUACCGUAUCAUUUGUGGUGACAUUGUAUCAUUUUGUGUUGAUGCUGUAUCAUUUUAUGGUGAUAUCAGAGAGA